GCAGCAGCAGCAGCAGCAGCGACAUUUUAGGCGUGUCCAAAGAGGGAAAAUUCAUGCUCCGGACGGGGAUCAAUUCGUCCUCCUCACUCAACUCAAAAAUGAUUUGAUUUUUUCCCUUCUCCAAGCGUAAUGAGUAAAAGAGCAAAAUGCCUCUGAGAGAUUGGAUCGAAUUACAUUCACUGAGAGAAAAACUUGACAAUGGAGGCUAUCAAACGUUAGAAGAAUUAAAGCAAACCAGUAUACUUGAAUUAACCAAAGAACUUCAACUCUCAACGGAAGAAGUAGAGUAUGUGAUAAAAGUGUGCGGUAGAGAACCUACUACUGUUCAAAAGAGAACCUUGGCAGAAAUCAUCGCAGCAGAACAAGAGAAUAGUAUAACUACUUUGUCCAAAAAUGUGGAUACAUUACUCGGUGGUCAUGGUAUACCGCCUUUCAAGAUAACCGAGUUAUGCGGUGAACCUGGAUCUGGAAAAACACAACUUUGCAUGCAGCUUGCUGUGAAUGUACAGUUAGACAAAGAAAAAGGCGGUGUAGAUGGCGAAUGUCUUUACAUUGAUACAGAAGGUUCUUUUCAAGUCUCACGGUACAUCAAUAUAGGGCGACGUCACUUUAGCAUUGAAAAGAUGCUCAAGAGCAUUCAUGUAUUCCGCAUCUUGGAUCACUCAGAGUUGAUUGCCAUGAUUCGACAAUUACCAGACAUUAUGCAACACUAUCCCAAGAUCAAACUCGUCAUUAUUGAUUCCAUUGCGUAUCAUUUCCGGUUGAAUGUAUUGGAUGCUCGAGCACGGACAGCCAUUUUAAACUAUACGGCUCGUAUGUUGAUUGAAUUAGCCAAGGUCUAUACGUUGUCCGUGGUGGUGACGAACCAUGUGGCAUCCGAUGGUUAUCAAGGGCCGUUGACACCUUCCUUAGGUUCGGAAUGGGGUUAUUGGUGUGCCAAUCGUCUAUUUUUGUUUCGAAGACGACACUAUCGCUUUGGCUUCUUGUAUAAGGCAGUUGAAAAUGAGAACAGCAGGCCUGUUCAAUUUCAUAUAAGGGAGGAGGGUAUUGGUGAUCCAGAAGAAGAAGAAGUGGAGGUGGUGAAAAAAGAGAGCGAUGAGCGAGCGGAAUGGACAGAGGAAAUGGAUUCUGCUUGGGAAGAAGUGAAGCAGGCAAAAAUCAAAGAGGAAGAGGAAGCGAAAGAAUUCGAGGAUAUUUGGAACGAUGAUGCUGUGAAUGACAGGUUAAUAUCGCAGAUCGACUUGGGUUCUUCGGAAAAGGGGGCAGUAGGGAGUACAGUUCGAAAGACGGAUGACAACGACAACGACAACGGCGACGACGACAAUGAGAAGCAAUGUACGGUAGAUGAAGGGUUUAUACCCAGUUCGCAGAUCAUUGCUGAGGGAGUGCCAAGCUUGUUUGAUGCUGAAAGCAGCCCUCUUUCAGAGCCCUCUGAAGACGUUGAAACAGGCCUUGCCAGCAAUAAACGAAAGAUAAAUGUUGAAAAAGAGAGUCGGAAAAGAUGCAAGCAAACUACCCACGAAUCUUGUUCUAUCAUCACGAAAGAUGAGAAAACGAAUGACACAACAGCAGUCAACGACGACACAAGAGAGGACGUUGACAGAGGGUAUUGGGACAGUGAUUUGGAAGAAAGCUUGGAUUGGGAUUUUUUGCAGAAUGUUGAAAGUUACUUAUAAAAGAACACAUACCCCCCCCCCCAUUUUUCUAAUGACCUUAAUAUACCAUGAUCCAUCCAAUUUUGUACAUUCUAUCUAUUUUUCUUUUCAAUAAAGUACACUGUUACGGUUGUUGUCUUUUUUCUUCUAGGAACAGUACUUUUAUUUUUUUAUUUUUUUAUUUUUUGAGAAAAGGGUUCCUGUAUCCAUAUUAUUAUGGACCAAUCACUAAGCAUGGAAUUCAGGAGGCAGGGCGAGGCGGGGGGUGUGGUAGUGGUGCGGGGGGUGGGG